UCGAGUGUAGGGGCUUAACAUGGGUAGCUAAGUAGUGUCUGGUUAAUAUAGACCAAAUGCUGAAGAUUUUGCACCUUGCCGUUAAACUUUGAUGUUUUGCAGUACCAAGAGGUACUCGGCAAACAACUUGUAGACCGAGGAGCUGCGUCUCUUGCAAAUAUUGCGCUGUUUGAUUGGUCUUUCGCGUGGCUAUAUAAUACUAGCUUUUUAGCUAGCUAAACGUCAGUUCAGCCAGAUACUACUCUGCUAGCGAAGCUUUGCAUUGGAAUUUGUUUGAUUGUUUGGCAGCUACAACGGAUAAAAUUAACUAAGUUGUUACACAGAGAAAAGUUCCGUUACAGUGAGCGUGUGUUUGGGUUUAUUUAUGCUGCGUACCUUGGUGUGACUCAACUGUAACUGAAUGCUUGCUGAUAGAAAUAGCAGCAGCUACAGCUAGCAGAUUGUUAGCUUGUCAACAAUGGGCUAUAAGAGGUAUUUAAAGACUGCAAGAACGUUUUACUUGUUGACCAUUCUGCUGGUAGCCCUCGUCAAAGAAGUAGCAGCUGAUGAAGAGCAACGCGGGAAUGACGGACAAGAGCUAAAGUCUUACCAUGACCCAGAUUCUGAGGACGAAGAUGUCCGUCUCGCAUCAGGAAUUGUCGCUGGCGCUUCUGUGACCUCUGGUCAUGAAGUCUCCCAGCCUGAAGUGGAGAAACAGACAACUGGGGAUGGACUGGAGGGAGAGGAGAAGGAGGACCUGCCUGAGCAGCCUCCUCCACUUGAGGAGAAACCAAAAGAAGUUCCUGUAGUGAAUGGAGGGACAGCCCAUGGAGAGCCCUGCAUCUUCCCAUUCCUCUUCCAGGGGAAGGAGUACUUGGACUGUAGCACGGAUGGACGGGGGGAUGGACGGCUGUGGUGCGCCACAACCUACGACUAUGACCAGGACAAGAAGUGGGGCUUCUGUGAGACGGAGGAGCAGGCACAGCAGAGACUGCAGGCGGAGGAGGCUGAGGAGCAGUAUCAGACUGUCCUGCGCAUGCUCAAUGCCACCACCAGGAAGACCCAGAAGAAAGAAUUAUAUGAAAAGUUGCUGAAAGUAGCGGAGAAAGGCCACCAGAAAGCCAUGGAGAAGGUGGCGUACGCCAUGCUGUUCGGGGACUACAUGAACCAGAACGUCACUAAGGCCAAAGAAAUGUUUGAGAAACUUGCCAUGGAGGGCUCGCCCAAAGCUCAGACGGCUCUUGGCUUUCUGUAUGCAGCAGGACUUGGAGUUAACUCGAGUCAGGCUAAGGCCUUGGUUUACUACACCUUUGGUGCACUGGGUGGAAACUUGGUAGCUCAUAUGAUUUUGGGAUACAGAUACUGGGGAGGUGUGGGUGUUCCUCAGAGCUGUGAGUCAGCGCUAACACACUACAGGCUCGUGGCAAAUCAGGUGGCGAGUGAUGUGUCCCUGACAGGGGGCUCAGCGGUGCAGAGGAUCAGGCUGCUGGAUGAGGUGGAGAACCCGGGAUCUACCAGUGGGAUGUUGGAGGAGGACUUGAUCCAGUACUAUCAGUUUCUAGCUGAGAAAGGAGAUGUACAAGCUCAGGUGGGAUUAGGUCAGUUGCACCUGCAUGGAGGACGUGGAGUAGAACAGAAUCAUCAGAGGGCGUAUGACUACUUCACCCAGGCUGCAAAUGCAGGGAACACGCACGCUAUGGCAUUCCUCGGCAAGAUGUACUCAGAAGGCAGCGAGUUUCUCCCUCAGAACAACGAGACAGCCCUGCAGUACUUUAAGAAGGCUUCUGACUUGGGUAAUCCAGUGGGACAGAGUGGCCUGGGCAUGGCCUACCUAUAUGGAAGAGGUGUCCCAGUGAACUAUGAGCUGGCACUGAAAUACUUCCAGAAGGCUGCAGAGCAGGGCUGGGUAGACGGGCAGCUCCAGCUGGGCACCAUGUAUUACAAUGGCAUCGGUGUGAAGCGUGAUUACAAGCAGGCACUUAAAUUCUUCAACCUGGCCUCACAGGCAGGCCACAUCCUGGCCUUCUACAACUUGGCCCAGAUGCAUGCUACUGGCACUGGUGUGAUGCGCUCCUGCCACACUGCUGUGGAGCUUUUCAAGAACGUAUGUGAGCGCGGCCGCUGGUCAGAGCGUCUCAUGACGGCCUACGGCAGCUUUAAGGAGGGUGAGACGGAUGCUGCGCUGGUCCAGUAUCUGCUGCUGGCUGAGCAGGGCUACGAGGUGGCCCAGAGCAACGUGGCCUUCAUUCUGGACCAGAAAGGAGCAAAGAUCUUCAGUGAGAAUGAGACCUACCCUCGAGCUUUGCUCCACUGGACGAGGGCUGCAGCACAAGGUUACACCGUGGCGAGGAUAAAACUAGGAGACUACCACUUCUACGGCUACGGGACGGAUGUGGACUAUGAGACAGCUGUCAUCCACUACAGACUGGCGUCAGAGCAGCAGCACAGUGCCCAGGCCAUGUUUAACCUGGGUUACAUGCACGAGAAAGGCCUGGGCAUCAAACAGGACAUCCAUUUAGCCAAGCGUUUCUACGACAUGGCCGCUGAAGCCAGUCCUGAUGCGCAGGUCCCAGUUUUCUUGGCCCUGUGCAAGCUGGGUCUGAUUUACACUCUGCAGUACCUGCAGGAUCUUAACUUGAAGGAGCUGAUUUCUCAGGUGGACCUGGACCAGCUUCUGGGCCCGGAGUGGGACCUCUACCUCAUGACCGUCAUCGCCCUGCUGUUAGGCACAGUCAUCGCCUACAGACAGCGCCAACACCAAAUCAUAGUCCCCCCACGCCCGCCCGCUCCUGCCCCAGCGCCCCCUCCCGCCCCUGCUCCAGCGCCCCCUCCCAGACCAGCUCAGGAACCGUCGCAAGCCCAGGCCGAGCCCCAGGGUCAGGGAGAAGCACAAGCCCAGGGCCCGGCCCAGGAGGAAGAGGAGCAGCAGCAGUGAGAGGCAGCCAGAUGGAGUGAGGGCAGUAAAAGACAGACAAGAGGCUCUGCCGGCCCCUCCCGUGGAGCAGCUGGUGCUCACCUACCUGCAUACCUGCUAGUUCGAGCACCUCUCCCACUCUGCCUGCUCCCUCCACAUGCUUAAAGAGCAACUGUGCAGUCUCACAACUCCCUUUCUCAUUUCAAAUAUGCUGGUCCUGUGCUGAGGAAAAGCAGUGUGGGUGUUUAUGGACAGUGCUACAGAGCAGAGCGUAGAGAGGAUUACACAGACUUGGGACUUGCUAGCCUGUGACUCAGGAUACUGCCACAAGCACCCGUCUCCUCACUGUGGAAAUAGUCUUGCUGUUGCCACAUCAAAGGCAUUUUGGACUCGACUAAUCAACACAGUUGGCAUCUGAUAUGUGCAUUAGUUUCUUCUCGCUCUCCCUUUUUUAAGAACAUGACAGUCAGACUGCAGAAAUACUAAUUUUGAGGAGUAUUUAGAAACAAAUUGAGGCAGGAAAAUGUGAACUAGAAUAAUUUUAUUUGCUAUCCCCUAGAUGCUAAAGAAAAUCAUGUUUUUGCAUGUAAUCUCUUAUCAUUUUGCAGACUUUAAUUUUAGGCACCUUACUUUCAGAGAUUUAAUGAGUGGACAGAUGCUGCAUUCAUUUUUGAUAGCAAUUUUGCGUUCAGUUGUCAUUUGUUCAAUUGACAUGUCUGCAAUUCACAGAGAAAGGCCGUGUUUUUUUUUGUUUUGUUUUUUUCAUUCAACAUUAGUAACAGUGCUAAAAUGUACUAAAGCCAUGUUUUGCCAUUAGUAUAAGAAGGAAAAAAAAAUGUUAAGUGGUUUGUUUUGGUUGAUAGAAGGGCUGGACUGGGUAGAUUUAAUUUAAAGCAUGCAGGUUCAAGUCUUCGUUUUCAACACGGCAGGCACGCACAAAGAAUGAGGAGCUGCUGAUAUCAUUCAAAUCUGAGCUGACACUGAAAUCCUUGAUGCAGAUCCUGUUUAAAAAUUCAUCCAGACACGUCUGUCACUCUCAAAGCGUCGUGAAAGCAAAGGUUUUUAAAAAUUCAGUUUAGAGAACAAAUGGCUGAUGUAUAGACCCAGUAACAGGAAGUGGAGAGCAGGUGUUACUGUACAUCGGGUGAUAUUUUGCCAUCAGCGGGCUUUGAUUUCAUUCUAUUGGUUGGUUUUUGGGUGGGAGCUCAAUAGUUCAUCUCAUCCAACAAGCCAGUUUUUUUUUUGUUUGUUUGUUUAUUAAGCCUUGUGUUAGCCGAGGCAGAAACUGGAGCAGCCUUAAAUAUAGCAGCGCCUCAAACUCUGGAUCUUUCUACCGUAGAGGAAGUGGAUUAGUUUUGUGCGUGUGUGUGUGUGUGUGUUUGGUUACACAACUUCAGCUGUUGUGAGAAUUUCCACCCCCUCACCAAAAGUCCAAGUUGGAGCUCUGUGCUCAGCCUACACUUUUCAGCUCAGAUGGACCUCAGAUGAAGAAAUGGAGCCACGGUUUGGCCAGACAGUAUUCAUCGAAACAAGAUUAGAAACUUCUGAUUUUGCCACACGCGGCCCGGUCGUUCAGUUCAGUACCUGCUUGCUUAUUACCGAGUUAUCGAGAGCUUAUCUGCCAAAACAUCUGCAUGACGCGUAUGAAGUCUAAAAGGACAAUAAAAUGUUAUUAGUAGGACGAUAAGAAACUGUUCACUGAAGCAUUCACACAUCGGUACCCACACAUCUCACAAUUUGUCUAAAAUGAAACUGGUCAAGAUUGUCAAGAAGACUACAUUUUUACCAUCUCAAAUACAAGUUUAUAAAGAAGUUAAUAAAUGAUAUAUGGA